AUGAAUCCUUAAUAUCCUCGUCUAAUAUAUAAAAAGAAUUUCACUAUAGAUACUUAGGAUAUUGUGGCUUCAGGGAAAAGAGGAUAAAUACUUAAAUGUUAUUCAAAAGAAAUGAGUGAAUAAUUGUGCGUGAAAGUGAUAAGCAAAUCACAUCAUUAUGUUAAUUAGUAAAAUGAAAUACAAGUACUUGAGAAACUUAAAAGCACUAUCCCAAAACAUUUAAAUGUCUUAAAUAUUUACGAUAUUAUUGAAGAUGAUGAAAAGUUUUGUAUUUUUACAGAACUAUGUGAUGCAAAUCUUGAAUAAUUAUUUGAAGAAAAAUAGCAUAAUAAUACAUGGUUUACUAAAGAUGAAAUAUAUGAUUUUUUAGGCUAAAUAGUGAGAGGUUAUUAGAAUUUAAGGGAUUUGAAAAUUAUUCUUAGAGAUUUAACACCAAAAAGCAUUCUAUAUAAAAGGCUUACAAACAAUAGACUUAUAUUCAAAGUAAAACUUAAAAAUAUAAAUAUAGAUAUCUGAUUUUGGUGUGAGUAGAAUAACUUAAGACGGAUAUGCAGAAACUAGAACUGGAAUUCCUUUUUACUCUGCUCCAGAAGUUUUCAUAAGUCCUUCUGAAUCAAAAAGAUAUAAUGAUUCUUGUGAUAUAUAUUCAGUAAGAGUGAUUAAAUAUUAUUCGAUAGCUUGGAAUCAUUCUUUAUAUACUGUGUUAUAAAGGAGAUAAACCAGGAAAUGUAUAAGAUUUUAAAGAUCUUAAUGAAUUCCAUGAAAAACUUAAAAUUAAUCAACAUUUCUAAUGUCCAUCUAAUCUUUAAUACCCCUAAGAACUUUGUUAAUUAAUUUAAAAAAUGAUUGUUUACAAUCCAGAAAAUAGAAUUAAAUGGGAUUAAUUAGAUAUGAAUCUACCUCAAAACUUUAUUAUCUUAAAUGAAAUAUAUUUUGUCGACCUUAAUAAUGAUUCAGGAUUGUAAAGAUAAUCUAAUUAAGCAUAUGAUUUAAAGAAUCGUAAAGAUGUGAUUUGUAAACCAUAUUAAACUAAUAUCGUUGGAAUUUAGAGAACUAUUGAAAAUUUUGAGAACAUCAAAUAACAAAAUCAUAAAAAUAUUGUGGAAAUCCUUGCAAUAAUCAAGCAAAAUACAUAAUACACUUAUCUAAUUCUGGAAAAAUGUGAUAUCAGCUUAUUAGAAUAUUUAUAGGAUUUAAAACAAAAAACACAAAAACUCAAAAGCCAAGAAAUUAUUGAAAUAUUAUACUAAAUAGUUGAAGGCUAUUGUUUCCUAAAAAAAUAUUUUUUUUCUCCUAUUGAGUUAAAACCUAGUAAUAUCCUCUUGAAAAUGUAAGAGAAAGGGAAAUAUAUUGUCAAAGUAUAAUAUCUCACUUCAAUAGAUCUUUGAUUACGAAAUUAACAAAAUUAAUGGAAGAAAUAUCACUCUUUCCGAUACUGAAGUAAAGUUAUUUGCUGCUCCAGAAAUGGUUUCAUAAGGUAAUUCCAACGAUUAGUAAAGUGACAUUUUUUCAGUACUAUUGAAUUUAAUCUUUAGUUAGGAUUGAUACUGUAUUAUAUGGCAUUCUAACAAAUGUAUAAAAAUAUUCAAACUAAAACUGAGCUUCAGUAAUUUCAUAAAUCUUUAGAAACUUAAAAAUUUUAAUGUCCAAAUUAUGAAGUAAUUUUAUUUUAAUAUAUUAAGAAUCAAUUAAUUCCAGAAUUAAUUAAUUAAAUGAUUAUAAGUGAUCCAAAAAAAAGAAUUACUUGGAGUGAAUUAUAAACCCAUCGUAUUUUUAAAGAAUUAAUCCUUUCAUAAAAGUAAAAACUCAGUGGUUAUGCUAUAAUAUCAUAAAAUCCCAUUAAUUAAACCAAUUAAUAAUAAUAAUAAUAAUAAUAAAAAUAAUAAUAAUAAUAAAAAUAAUAAUAAGACUAAGAUUUAUAAUAAACAAAAAACUAUAAUCAAAAUUAAUCUUAUUUUUAUGAAAUAUAUGAAUAUAUAGGAUCUCUACAUGCUCUAGGUUUUAAGACAUUAAACGCUUUUGAUGAACAAUAACUAGAUGACAGCGUAUAAGAUGAAAUACUUUUAUUCAAAUAAUUCAUUAUUAGAUUUUGUGUUUCUUGUUUGUUGUGUAUUGAAAAUCUUAAGAAAAAUAAUAUUUUACAAUUAGAAGACAUUUUAUAUUAACUAAAAUCACAUUAAAAUCUACAUGCUUGGUUACAGUAGAAAUCUUUUGAAGCAAUGUAUUAAGAAACAUAAAAAAAAUAUUAAUCCUUAAAAAAUAUGAAAACUUGUAAUAAUAACUAAAUAAUAGAUAAUGGGAAUGAUCUGUUAUAAGAACUUAAGAAUUAAUGUUCUUAGGACAAUUAAAAUUUAAACAUUUUGCUUAUUCAUUAUUACUUUACCACUUUUUAUAAAUAAGUUAGACCUUAAGUUUUAAAUUCUAAUCUUAAUAUGAAAGCAAAAUACUUACUGAUUAAGUUUUCAAGGGUUUUUAUCGAAUUUCCUAUUAAGAAUUUCGAAUCUUUUACUGACGCAAAAGUAGCCUAAAAGAUAUGCUUAAUGGAUGUAAUGUAAGAGUAUAUAUAAAACCAUUUAAAUCAGGAUUGA